GCGGGCGGGCCGGUCCGUCGCGGGAGCGGUCCCCCCGCGCCGCGCUGUGCCUGGGACGCGGCGCCAUGCGGAUGGCCUUGCACGCGCUCUGCGGCGCCGCGGGGGCCGCCUGGCGGGAGAGCUUCCCCCUGCGCGGUCGGGACGUGGCGCGCUGGUUCCCGGGACACAUGGCCAAGGGGCUGAAGAAGAUGCAGAGCAGCCUGAAGCUGGUGGACUGUAUCAUCGAGGUCCAUGACGCCCGGAUUCCACUUUCAGGCCGCAAUCCUCUGUUUCAGGAAACUCUUGGGCUUAAGCCGCACGUGCUGGUCCUCAACAAAAUGGACUUGGCGGAUCUGAAGCAGCAGCAGAGGUAUUCGCACGCAAUUUCUCAGAAUGACGAGCCUCCCUCUAUGUCUACGGUCCAAAAGACCAAGAAAAUCAUACAACACUUAGAAGGAGAAGGCCUAAAAAAUGUUGUUUUCACCAACUGCGUGAAGGAGGAGAACAUCAAGCAGGUCAUACCGCUGGUCAGAGGACUGGUUGAGGGCAGCUACCGCUAUCAUCGAGGAGAGAACCUGGAGUACUGUGCCAUGGUGAUUGGGAUCCCCAACGUGGGCAAGUCCUCACUCAUCAACGCACUCAGGAGACAGCACCUCGGGAAAGGAAAAGCUACCAGGGUCGGCGGUGAGCCCGGGAUCACCAGAGCUGUGAUGUCCAGAAUUCAGGUGUGUGACCGGCCACUGAUGUUCCUGCUGGACACUCCUGGGGUGCUGUCCCCACGGAUUGAAAGUGUGGAGAUGGGCCUGAAGCUGGCCCUGUGCGGAACCGUGCUGGACCACCUGGUGGGGGAGGAGACCCUGGCCGACUACCUUCUCUACACCCUCAACAGGCACCGGCUCUUUGGGUACGUGCAGCACUACGGCCUGGACGGGGCCUGUGAUGACAUCACCAGUGUGCUGAAGCGGGUGGCUGUGAGGCUGGGAAAGACGCAGAAGGUGAAGGUGUUCACAGGCACAGGGGACGUGAACGUCAUCCAGCCCAACUACCCCGCGGCAGCCCGAGACUUCCUCCGGACCUUCCGCAGUGGGCUGCUCGGCCCAGUGAUGCUGGACAGGGAUGUCCUGCAGAGCCUCCCCUUGGCAGCCCCCUGAGUGGGUCCAGCUGGCAGGGGCCUCACCCCAGCCUGGCCCUCGACACCGGAGAUUGGGAUAUCCCAGGCCCUCACACCCAAGAAGCUGACGCUGGGACUCCCUUUCCUAGAAUCUCCAUGCUGGUCCCCGUACGGUACUCGGGUCUUGUCUCUAGGAAGGAGCCUGUACCUGCCACCACCGCACAGCCUGGCCAGCUGCUGGUUACAGGGCACGGUGCCCAGGGUCUGGACAUUGGGACUGCUGACAUGCCGGAGCUGUCCCUGUGCGGUGCACACCUGCUGAGUAUCUCUUAGGGAGAAGCUGACGUUUUCUCCGGAGCUGAAAGUGCAGUCUGCAGUUAAAUGUUUUAGAAGGCCUGUCUCUGCUGGCGGCGCGUCUGUUGUGCGCAGUAGCACCGUGGGCCCACGCGUUAAGGCCCGUGUCUCAGCCAGAGCAGUCAGGAUGUGAGCCAUGCUGUCGGGGCUCUCGUGUUAGGUCCUCCUAACGCCCUGGGUCCUGCAAUAAAGACGGGUCUGUUUGCCAA